AGAGCGCAGUCCGGCGGGAAGCCGCAGAAGCCGGGACGCUGGGUCCGAGAUGACCGCCAGCAAACGGGUGGCGAAGGAGCUGGAGAGUCUUCAGGCAAAGCUUCCCCCCUACCUACGGGACCUGUUCAGUGAUGAUGCGGACGUCCUGGUGUGGCAUGUGCUCCUCCUGCCCGAGAAACCACCCUAUAACCUCAAGGCCUUCCACCUGCGUAUCAGCUUCCCCGAGGACUACCCGUUCAAGCCCCCCACGGUGACCUUCACCACCAGGAUCUACCACCCCAACGUGGGCCACGACGGAGACGUUUGCCUGCCUAUCAUCAGCAAGGAGAACUGGAAUCCUCACACCAAGGCCUGCCAAGUCUUGGAGGCUCUCAGCAUGCUGGUGAAUAGACCAGACCUGGGGCAGCCAGUUCGGGUGGAGCUCGCCGACCUGCUGACGCGAGACCCAGAGCUGUUCAACAGAAAGGCCCAAGAGUUCACCCUCCAGUAUGGAGUGGACCGGCCCUCCUAACUGGUUCUGACCCCUCUCUGUUGCUGGGUCCUCUGUGUGAUGGACGAGAUGUUUGACAGACUGUGUGCUAGAGCCCCUCUCAUUUGUUUCAUGUUUUCCUUCAUGGGUUGUUAAUCAUUAGUCUGUGUGUGUGUGUGGUGUGUGGUCCCAUUCCCAGGUUCACCUGGCCACAGGUGAGCCUUUCCUGCUCUCUUUUUCUACCCCAGAGCCAGAGGAGUUCACGUUUGUGCAGUGACAGGCCAGCUCUCCAGCGCUCUGUGGCCUGAAAUUCUGGUCUCACUAAUUGCUCUUACAGACACAGGUCACCUUUGGGCCAGGUGGCAGGAAACAAGCCCAGAAGGCAACUAGAAUCUCCAUGGGGCCCUGGCAUCCCGGGGGGCAGAGGGGACAUGGGGAGUGUGCAUGGGAGAAGGAUUUGUCUUUACAGUUGAGCAAUUUGUUGAGUGAUUGAAGUCAGACUGCUAAUAGGUACUGUAUGUUUAGAUUUCAGUAUUAAACGUUUCCUUUUCUACUGAUAAAUCACAAAAUAAAGAAUCUCGAUCCUGGAAAUCUGA